UACGCCGCUGGUAUUCAUAACAGUAUUGUUGGUAGUUUAGUGAUUUUCGUAAUACCAAAAUAACAAAAUUAACGCUCCCAAUUCCAUUCGACUGUUUAUAAUAACAGAUCGUGAGUGAAAACAAUUCAAGAGAUGGCAAGCUUUUCCGAGUCCAAAAAUGUUCGUAAAGUUUUCUUAUGGACUGCACCGAGAUGUGUAUCCACUGCAUUUGAACGAACAAUCAUGAACCUUAAAAAUGGAAAGAUAUUUCACGAGCCGUACUCAUUUGCGUAUUAUUUUGGUCCUCAGAGAAAAAGCAACCGUUACUCUAAAGAUCCAAUUCAACCAAAGGCUACUUUUGACGAAGUGAGUAAAAAUCUGAUGGCAGAAUAUGAGGGGAAAGAAUUUAUUUUCUCCAAAGACAUGGCAUAUUAUUUAGAUGGCAAUUAUGAUAUCCUACGCCAGAAAAGUCUAGGAGAAUAUAAGCAUACCUUCCUGAUAAGAAACCCGACAAAAUCUGUUCCAUCGCUCUACCGAGCUUCGAUCAACUCUAAGAAAACAGGAUGGGAUUAUUUUGAUCCAGAAGAAGUUGGUUUUCGUCAAUUACUGGAGCUAUACGAGUUUGUUGUAAAUGAGCUUGAUAGUUCUCCAGUAAUUGUUGAUGCUGACGAUCUCUUGGAAAACCCUGAAGAAAUGAUGAAGAAAUAUUGUGAAGAAACUGGAUUGGUUUAUCAAGAGAAUAUGACAACUUGGAAGUCAGGAAAACCAAUACAAAAAGAGUGGAAUAUCUGGGAUGGAUGGCACGAUACUCUCUUGAAUAGCACCGGUUUAUUGAAGAAGAAAAGAAGCCAGGCAAAACCAAUGAAGCUUGAGAAGAAAGCUGGUUUUCAAAAUGAAGUUGUUGAUUCAGUAAAUGAUAGUUUAAAGUGUUACGAAGUUUUAUACGAAAAAAGGUUGAGAUUAGUUCCAAACUUAAUUUAAGCAAUAAAUAGCUUCUCUCUCUCUCUCUCAUCGCUUGCAAGUUUGCAACUAAGGAUGAAUGAUGGCAGAUAAAAGAAUAGUAGUGAAAUAUUUUGUAUCAGCUAAAAUAUAUAGGCUAAAAAGGAUCAAUAGAGAGUAGAACAUUGACUGGGAGGAUUGAAUAUUGAUUCAUCUUAAUUGUUCAACUGUAUUACGUAUAAUCACUAUAUCAUCUUAUAUCAAUUUAUAUAAUAUAUUCAUAUAACCAUAUAGCAUUAUCUUCAGU